AUGAGCUGUUUGCCGAUCCGGUGCUCAGUUAUCGGCUUCAUAGCAGGCGACUCACACAACGCUCUUUCCUCCUCAAACACCGCCCCCCCUCCUCCCACGCUCUCACUCUCUCUCGCUCCCAUCCCCACACUCUCUCUCUCCUCCUCCUCCCCCAUAUUCUGUGUCACUUUUUCCACACGACUCUCACUCUCACUCGCACCCUGCGCUUCUCUCACUCUCAUGGGCUUACUCUCAGCAGGAGCACCACUCUCCCUCACCACCACCUCCGCCCCUCUUCCCAAAGCUUGUGCUCGUAUCAGCUGGGAGCAAAGAAUCGACUGCUCCCUCGGCCGCCUUGCCCCUGAAUCUGCUGCUCCCCUUCUUGCUGCUGAUCCCCUUGGUUUGCUCCCUUUUGAUGGUUCUGCCCCCCUUGGCGCUUCUGCUGUUCUUGAUACUGUUGCUCCCCUUCGCACCUCCCUUUCACCCCCCAUCCUUCUCCCUAAAUCUCUCCCCCACCAUCCCCUUUCAUCCCGCUCCUUCACACUCAACGCAGCACAGACAAGGGGAGGAGGAGGUGACUCUCCCCACACCGGAUUAGGCCUACAUAGUAAGGACCGUCUUAAAGUGGAGAUUAAUAGGCGUCGGGCAGUGCAGUUGACAAUGAGAGAAGGGGGGCAGGAGGGGCAGGAGAGAGAUGGAGAGGAGGAGGAGGGGGAGGAGGAGGAGGAGGAGGAGGAGGAGGAGGAGGAGGAGGAGGAGGAGGAGGAGGAGGAGGAGGAGGAGGAGGAGGAGGAGGAGGAGGAGGAGGAGGAGGAGGAAGAGGAGGAGGAGGAGGAGGAGGAGGAGGAGGAGGAGGAGGAGGAGGAGGAGGAGGAGGAGGAGGAGGAGGAGGAGGAGGAGGAGGAGGAGGAGGAGGAGGAGGAGGAGGAAAAAAUAGGCUCCAUAUACACACCCAUACUUUGCUUGACACGUGUCAUGUUCUCUUUGGCCAUGAGCUUCUUUACUGCCACGGAUGGCUGUAGGAGGCAGUAG